AUAACUAACCUCCAACUGCUGCAUACCACACACCCUCCGAACUUUAUUCCUGUUCAGUGUUUACACCCUCCUAACUGUCAGAGGUGGACGACAGUCAGUCAGUGAUCCGUCUACUGUGAGAGAGGCUGGACGUACAAAUAACAAGCUCAUGUUGACACGUGAAAUCUGUUGACUAGGAAGCUCGUGAAUUUCUUUCAGAGAUGUACCAACCGAUCUUGGUGGCACUUGCAGUGCUGCUCUGCUCUUCACCCUCGGUUAAUGGAGGGAAAGUCUUGGUGUUCCCAGUGGAUGGAAGUCACUGGGUCAACAUGAAAGUCCUCAUCGAGGAGCUUCACUCCAGAGGCCAUGAAAUCACAGUGAUACAGCCAUCAGACAGCUGGUACAUCAAGCCAGAGUCCCCUCACUACAAGUCCAUCACUAUAAAUUCCUCUGCUGGUUUUGAUGAAGAACUCUUUGGGUCAUUUGUAAUUACGAUGAUUAACAUGCGGCGGGAAGGUGCUUCACUUAUGGCCCGUAUAUCUAUGGAAUAUGGACUGUUGAAGCAGUUCUAUCAGAUGAAUAAACAAGUGAUUCAGAUGAUGCGGGAGAUGUUUGAGAAUAAAAAACUGAUGCAGAGCCUGCAUGAUGCCAAAUAUGAUCUGGUUCUGACGGACCCGGCGAUUGGUGGUGGAGUGCUUUUAGCUCACCGUUUGGGUCUUCCACUUGUCUUAAAUGUGAGGUGGACUAUUCAGGGUGAGGGGCAUCAUGCAAUUGCUCCUUCACCACUCUCCUACAUCCCAAUACCAAUGUCAGAGCUGACUGACAAGAUGACGUUUCCCCAGCGGAUCAAAAACUUAUUUUACUUUGCUUUCACAUGUUUUCAAACUUGGUAUGUCACAGAAUCAAACUACAAACCGUUUGUACAUCAUUACUUUGGAAAUGAUGUACAUUACAUGGAGCUGUUUCAGGCAGCAGACAUCUGGCUGAUGAGAAAUGAUUUUACUUUUGAGUUUCCACGUCCCACAAUGCCAAACAUCAUCUACAUGUCAGGAUUUCAGUGCAAACCCUCCAAGCCACUGUCUAAAGAACUAGAGGACUUUGUCCAGAGCUCUGGUGAACAUGGGGUCAUCGUUAUGACAUUGGGAACCCUGGUAGCAAAACUUCCUGAGGACAUCACUGAGGACAUUGCAGCUGCUUUCGCCCAACUUCCUCAAAAGGUGAUCUGGAGACACAAAGGCAAAAGACCAUCCACCCUCGGCAACAACACCUUACUCUUGGACUGGCUGCCUCAAAACGACCUCCUGGGCCACCCCAAGACCAGAGUGUUUGUGGCCCACGGAGGCACCAAUGGAAUACAGGAGGCCAUCUACCACGGUGUCCCCCUGGUUGGCCUUCCCCUCAUGUUCGACCAGCAUGACAACUUCUUCAGGAUGAAAGUAAGAGGUGUGGCCAAAAACCUGGAUAUUGCAACUGUGAACAAAGAUAACUUCCUGGAGGCACUGAAGGAGGUACUCUAUGACCCAAGCUACAGACAGAAGAUGAAGGCGCUCUCCAACCUGCAGAGAGACCAGCCCAUGAAACCACUGGACCGGGCCAUGUUCUGGAUUGAGUUUGUCAUGAGGCACAAAGGAGCGGCACAUCUAAGGACGGAGUCUUACAAGAUGUCAGUGAUCCAGUACCACUCAAUUGAUGUGGUGGUGUUUUUGCUGGCAGUUAUUUUGCUAGUAUUUACUGUUUUUGUUUCUGCAGUAAAGUUUCUUUUGCGAAAAAUGUUUUCUAGAAGCAAAGUCAAAAAGGAAUGAGGAAUGUGCCGCGGGAUAAUUGUUUAACAUUUUCUGGAUCCUGAUUUAUUUUAAAGACAUUUUUGUUUGUUUUUGUUUUGUUUGUUUGCAUUUUUAAUUUAGCAGAAUAUCUAAAAAAUCUGUAAAUAUUUUGGUGAAAAAUUAGACCUGGAGUCAAGCGAUCAGUUUUUUGUCCAUAUCCAGCAAUGUUUAAGGAUUUCCUGCAGGUUUUAUGAAGAAAAAAAAGUAUUCUCAUAAACUAUUGCACUUAUUGAAACGCAAUAGGCUUAAUUUUUUAUAAAAACUGGCACAUGUAGCUAGUGAUAGUUCAUCACUAGGGCUGGGGGAUGAUUCAAUAUUGUAUAUGAUUUUUGGUGAUGAUAUGAUGUCAUGUUUUCUUUUCACUAAUUUCUGUUGUCCACAUAAUGAUGUUGAGCAAGCUGUAAGUGAAAACUUACAAUAUGUGUAAAAGGAAAACCAUAAUUAACCACUUUAAGAGUU